AUGGAAGAGAUCCUAAGGAAGCUGCAGAAGGAGGCGUCCGGGAGCAAGUACAAAGCCAUCAAAGAGAGCUGCACCUGGGCCCUGGAAACCCUUGAUGGUGUGGAUACCAUUGUCAAGAUCCCUCCACACUUGCUGAGGGAGAAAUGCCUGCUGCCCCUCCAGUUGGCUUUGGAAUCCAAGAAUGUGAAGCUGGCUCAACAUGCCUUGGCAGGGAUACAGAAGCUCCUGGCAGAAGAGAGGUUUGUAUCCAUGGAAACGGACUCUGAUGAGAAGCAGCUGCUCAAUCAGAUCCUGAAUGCUGUGAAAGUGACGCCUUCCCUCCACGAGGACCUGCAGGUGGAAGUGAUGAAGGUUUUACUCUGCAUAACCUACACUCCAACCUUUGACCUGAAUGGGAGUGCAGUGCUGAAGAUCGCGGAGGUGUGCAUUGAAACAUACAUAUGUAGCUGUCACCAGCGUAGUAUAAACACUGCUGUGCGGGCAACUCUCAGUCAAAUGCUGAGUGACUUGACUUUACAGUUACGACAAAGGCAGGAGAACACGAUAAUUGAAAACCCGGACGUCCCCCAGGAAUUCAGGAGUCAAGGGUCAACAGUAGAGUCCCUCUGUGAUGACCUUGUCUCCGUGCUCACUGUUCUGUGUGAGAAACUCCAAGCCGCCAUCAAUGACAGCCAGCAGCUGCAGCUCCUGUACCUGGAGUGCAUCCUGUCUGUGCUCAGCAGCUCCUCCUCCUCCAUGCAGCUGCACCGAGGCUUCACAGACCUCAUCUGGAAGAACCUUUGCCCCGCUCUCAUCGUGAUCCUGGGGAAUCCGAUUCAUGAUAAAACCAUCACCUCUGCACACAGCAGCAGCACGAGCACCAGCAUCGAGUCAGACUCUGCAUCUCCUGGGGUUUCCGACCACGGCCGGGGUUCGGGCUGCUCCUCCACGGCGCCAGCCCUGAGCGGGCCGGUGGCCCGGACCAUCUACUACAUCGCAGCUGAGCUGGUGCGGCUGGUGGGGUCGGUGGACUCCAUGAAGCCCGUGUUGCAGUCCCUCUACCACCGUGUGCUGCUCUACCCCCCACCCCAGCACCGUGUGGAAGCCAUCAAGAUCAUGAGAGAGCUACUCGGGAGCCCAAAGCGUCUCUGUGAUUUGGCAGGACCCAGCUCCACUGAACCCGAAUUGAGAAAAAGAUCAAUUUCAAAAAGAAAGUCUCAUCUGGAUCUUCUCAAACUCAUCAUGGAUGGCAUGACCGAGGCGUGCAUCAAGGGCGGCAUCGAGGCCUGCUACGCUGCCGUGUCCUGCGUCUGCACCUUGCUGGGGGCCUUGGAAGAGCUCAGCCAGGGCAGGGGCUUGAGCGAAAGUCAGGUCCAGCUGCUGCUGCUGCGCCUGGAGGAGCUGAAGGACGGGGCCGAGUCCAGCCGCGACUCCAUGGAGAUCAAUGAGGCCGACUUCCGCUGGCAGCGGCGAGUCCUGUCCUCGGAACACACACCCUGGGAGUUGGGGAAUGAGCGGAGCCCUGACAUCAGCAUCAGCGUUACCACGGACACGGGCCAGACCACCUUGGAGGGAGAGUUGGGUCAGACCACACCCGAGGACCACUCGGAAAACCCCAAGAAUGGCCUCAAGUCGCCAGCCGUCCAGGAGGGCAAGGAGACUCUGAGUAAAGUGUCAGAACCGGAAGCCGUGGACCAGCCAGACGUGGUUCAAAGGAGCCACACAGUUGCCUACCCCGAUAUAACCAACUUCCUGUCGGUCGACUGCAGGAUGAGGUCCUACGGAUCCAGAUACAGUGAGAGCAACUUCAGCGUGGACGACCAAGACCUCUCUCGGACAGAAUUCGACUCCUGUGACCAGUACUCCAUGGCAGCUGAAAAGGACUCCGGGAGAUCGGACGUGUCGGACAUUGGGUCCGACAACUGUUCUCUAGCUGAUGAGGAGCAGACCCCGCGGGACUGCCUGGGCCACAGGUCCCUGCGGACCGCAGCUCUGUCCCUCAAGCUGCUGAAGAACCAGGAGGCUGACCAGCACAGCGCCCGGCUGUUCGUGCAGUCGCUGGAGGGUCUCCUGCCACGCCUCCUGGCCCUGCCCAGUGUGGAAGAGGUGGACUCAGCCCUCCAGAACUUUGUCUCUACCUUCUGCUCAGGUAUGAUGCACUCACCAGGGUUUGAUGGGAACAGCAGCCUGGGCCUGCAGAUGCUGAUGAAUGCAGACAGCCUGUACUCGGCGGCGCACUGUGCGCUGCUGCUCAACCUGAAGCUCUCCCACGGUGACUACUACCGCAAGCGGCCCACCCUGGCACCCAGCACCAUGAAAGAGUUCAUGAAGCAGGUCCAGACCAGCGGGGUGCUGAUGGUCUUCUCCCAGGCCUGGAUUGAGGAACUUUACCACCAGGUUCUUGACAGAAACAUGCUCGGAGAAGCCGGCUACUGGGGCAGCCCCGAGGACAACAGCCUCCCCCUCAUCACCAUGCUGACAGAUAUCGAUGGCUUAGAGAGCAGUGCAAUUGGAGGGCAGUUGAUGGCCUCAGCUUCAAUGGAGUCUCCUUUCACCCAGGGCAGGAGAAUUGAUGACUCCACGGUGGCAGGUGUGGCGUUUGCUCGCUAUAUUCUGAUUGGCUGCUGGAAGAAUUUGAUCGACACUUUAUCAACCCCCUUGACGGGCCGAAUGGCCGGCAGCUCCAAAGGGCUGGCCUUCAUUUUAGGAGCUGAAGGCAUCAAAGAACAGAACCAAAAAGAACGCGAUGCUAUCUGCAUGAGCCUCGAUGGGCUGCGGAAAGCCGCGCGUCUGAGCUGCGCUCUAGGAGUUGCAGCCAACUGUGCUUCAGCCCUCGCCCAGAUGGCAGCUGCCUCCUGUGUCCAGGAGGAGAAAGAGGAAAAGGAAACCCAGGAACCCAGUGAUGCCAUAGCACAAGUGAAACUAAAAGUGGAGCAGAAACUGGAGCAGAUCGGGAAGCUGCAGGGGGUGUGGCUGCACACAGCCCACGUCCUGUGCAUGGACGCCAUCCUCAGUGUCGGCCUGGAGAUGGGCAGCCACAACCCCGACUGCUGGCCACAUGUGUUCAGGGUGUGCGAGUACGUGGGCACCUUGGAACACACCCACUUCAGCGAUGGCACCUCUCAGCCCCCGCUGACCAUCAGCCAGCCCCAGAAGGCCCCCAGAGGCGGACUCCUUGGGGACCCGGAGAGUGAGGGCUCGCCCCAGGAGCAGAGCCUGGAGCAGGAGAGCUCCCUGAACGCGGCCCCCGUCAUCCAGCCGCUCUCCAUCCAGGAGCUUGUCCGAGAAGGCAGCCGAGGCCGGGCCUCCGACUUCCGUGGGGGCAGCCUCAUGACGGGCAGCAGUGCUGCCAAGGUGGUGCUCACGCUCUCCACGCAGGCUGACAGGCUCUUUGAAGAUGCUACAGAUAAACUGAACCUCAUGGCUCUGGGAGGUUUUCUUUACCAGCUGAAGAAAGCAUCGCAGUCCCAGCUUUUCCAUUCUGUUACGGAAACAGUUGAUUACUCGCUGGCGAUGCCAGGAGAGGUGAAGUCCACCCAAGACCGCAAAAGUGCCCUCCACCUGUUCCGCCUCGGGGACGCCAUGCUAAGGAUCGUGCGGAGCAAAUCGAGGCCCCUGCUCCACGUGAUGCGCUGCUGGAGCCUCGUGGCCCCACACCUGGUGGAGGCUGCCUGCCAUAAGGAAAGACAUGUGUCUCAGAAGGCGGUUUCCUUCAUCCAUGACAUACUGACGGAGGUUCUCACGGACUGGAAUGAGCCACCUCAUUUUCACUUUAACGAAGCUCUCUUCCGACCAUUCGAGCGUAUCAUGCAGCUGGAGUUGUGUGAUGAGGACGUCCAAGACCAGGUCGUCACGUCCAUCGGGGAGCUGGUUGAAGUGUGCUCUGCCCAGAUCCAGUCAGGGUGGAGGCCCUUGUUCAGCGCCCUGGAAACGGUGCACAGCGGGAACAAGUCCGAGGUGAAGGAGUACCUGGUGGGCGACUAUUCCAUGGGAAAAGGCCAGGCUCCAGUGUUUGAUGUAUUUGAAGCUUUUCUCAAUACCGACAACAUCCAGGUCUUUGCUAAUGCAGCCACUAGUUACAUCAUGUGCCUUAUGAAGUUUGUCAAAGGACUAGGGGAGGUGGACUGUAAGGAGAUCGGAGACUGUGUCCCAGGACCCGGAGCCGCAUCCCCAGACCUGUGCCUCCCGGCCCUGGACUACCUCCGGCGCUGUUCUCAGUUGUUGGCCAAAAUCUACAAAAUGCCCUUGAAGCCAAUAUUCCUUAGUGGGCGACUUGCUAGCUUGCCCCGAAGACUUCAGGAGCAGUCAGCGAGCAGUGAGGAUGGAAUUGAGUCAGUCUUGUCUGACUUUGAUGAUGACACUGGUCUGAUAGAAGUCUGGAUCAUCCUCUUGGAGCAGCUCACAGCAGCUGUGUCCAACUGUCCACGUCAGCACCAACCCCCCACUUUGGAUUUGCUCUUUGAGCUGUUGAGAGAUGUUACCAAAACACCUGGACCAGGGUUUGGCAUCUAUGCAGUUGUUCACCUUCUCCUUCCUGUGAUGUCUCUUUGGCUUCGCCGUAGCCAUAAAGACCAUUCUUACUGGGACAUUGCCUCGGCUAACUUCAAGCAUGCCAUUGGUCUGUCCUGUGAGCUGGUGGUGGAGCACAUUCAGAGCUUUAUCCACUCAGACAUCAGGUAUGAGAGCAUGAUCAACACCAUGCUGAAGGACCUCUUCGAGCUACUGGUAGCAUGUGUAGCCAAGCCCACGGAAACCAUCUCCCGAGUAGGCUGCUCCUGUAUUCGGUACGUCCUCGUGACAGCGGGCCCCGUGUUCACGGAGGAGAUGUGGAGGCUGGCCUGCUGUGCCCUGCAGGACGCCUUCUCGGCCACGCUCAAGCCGGUGAAGGACCUGCUGGGCUGCUUCCACAGUGGCACCGAGAGCUUCAGCGGGGAGGGCUGCCAGGUGAGGGUGGCCGCCCCAUCCACCUCCCCAAGUGCCGAGGCCGAGUACUGGCGCAUCCGAGCCAUGGCUCAGCAGGUAUUUAUGUUGGAUACCCAGUGCUCACCAAAGACUCCAAACAACUUUGAUCAUGCUCAGUCCUGUCAGCUCAUUAUUGAACUGCCUCCUGAUGAGAAGCCAAAUGGACACACCAAGAAAAGUGUUUCUUUCAGGGAAAUUGUGGUGAGUUUACUAUCCCAUCAAGUAUUACUCCAGAACUUAUAUGAUAUCUUAUUGGAAGAGUUUGUCAAAGGCCCCUCUCCUGGGGAGGAGAAGAUCCAAGGGCCAGAAACCAAGCUGGCUGGCUUCCUCAGAUACAUCUCCAUGCAGAACCUGGCCGUCAUCUUUGACCUCCUGCUGGACUCCUACAGGACGGCCAGAGAAUUUGACACCAGCCCGGGGCUGAAGUGCCUGCUGAAGAAAGUGUCUGGCAUAGGGGGCGCUGCCAACCUCUACCGCCAGUCCGCCAUGAGCUUCAACAUUUAUUUCCACGCGCUGGUCUGUGCUGUUCUCAGCAACCAAGAAACCAUCACUGCUGAGCAAGUGAAGAAGGUCCUCUUUGAGGACGACGAGAGGAGCACAGAUUCGUCCCAGCAGUGUUCAUCAGAAGAUGAAGACAUCUUUGAGGAGACCGCCCAGGUGAGCCCCCCGAGAGGCAAAGAGAAGAGGCAGUGGAGGGCUCGGAUGCCCUCGCUCAGCGUCCAGCCCGUCAGCAACGCGGACUGGGUGUGGCUGGUCAAGAGGCUUCACAAGCUGUGCAUGGAGCUGUGUAACAACUACAUCCAGAUGCACCUGGACCUGGAAAACAGUAUGGAGGAGGCCCCAGUUUUCAAGAGCGACCCUUUCUUCAUCCUUCCCUCCUUCCAGUCGGAGUCCUCCACCCCGUCCACCGGGGGCUUCUCAGGGAAAGACACGCCUUCCGAGGAUGACCGCAGUCAGACCCGGGAUCACGCGGGCGAGCCUCUGAGCCUGAGGGGGACCAGCGGGGAGCUGCUGCUGCUGCCCCCGAGCCCCAAGGUGGAGAAGAAGGAUCCCAGCCGCAAGAAGGAGUGGUGGGAGAACGCGGGCAACAAAAUCUAUACCAUGGCAGCCGACAAGACCAUCUCAAAGCUGAUGACCGAGUACAAGAAGAGGAAACAGCAGCACAACCUGCCCGUCUUCCCCAAAGAGAUCAAGGUGGAGAAGAAGGGAGAGGCGCUGGGCGCCAGGGGCCAAGGCUCCCCGCUGCUCCAGCGGCCCCAGCACCUGAUGGACCAGGGGCAGAUGCGGCACUCUUUCAGCGCCGGCCCUGAACUGCUGCGCCAGGAGAAGAGGCCCCGCUCCGGCUCCACCGGCAGCUCCCGGAGUGUCUCCGCGAGGGACGCAGAAGCCCAGAUCCAGGCAUGGACCAACAUGGUGCUAACAGUCCUCAAUCAGAUUCAGAUCCUCCCAGACCAGACCUUCACCGCCCUCCAGCCAGCAGUGUUCCCGUGUAUCAGCCAGCUCACCUGUCACGUGACUGACAUCAGAGUUCGCCAGGCUGUCAGAGAAUGGCUCGGCAGAGUGGGCCGUGUCUAUGACAUCAUUAUGUAGAAGACCCACCUUCCAGGCCCAAGGAAAAAUGCUAGGAGGGUUCAGAGUAUGUCUGCCAAUCCAACUGAUAGCAUU